AUGCCUACACCCGCGACCUCAGCUUCUUUCAAAAGCAACCCGAACUCACCGUUGCCACCAACAACUGUAUUAGAAUGUCAUGACGACCUUUUGAAAACUCACAUCGUUGGUGAGUGCCCAGACGAUGUCAUUCAGUGCGAACCGAGAUGGCUUGUUUUCUAUUCAAACUACAAACAGCCAUGUUAUGCAGAAUUCACUAUUACUAACAAAGACGAUCACAAGAUAGCCUGGUGUAUCAAAGCAAAGGAAAAACUUAUGAAACUCUCCCAAACGCAUGGCAUUUUGAAAUCAGGCGAAACUCGAAAACUCACGGUAUGUUACCUAUUAAAGUCGCGGUGUACACUUUCGUCUCUGUAG